UAGCAGGAUGGCGUUGCCUAGCAACGGCGGGGUCCUUUCUGGCUCGGUGGCGCUCUGGGCCUGAGGGGCGCUUACGGCCGCGGAGGGCGCUGGGGGUAGCGGUCAGGGGACGGUGGCGAGCGCUCGGUGCGCCCGGGGAACCCGAUCUCUGCGGCCCGAGGAAGAUGAGCGAGGCGGAGCAGGCCCUGGUGGGGCCCAAGGCCGACGAGCCCUCGCCGUCCGCAGAGGAGGAGGGCGAAGGGGGCGGGAAGGAACCGGCGGCCGACGCGGCCCCCGGGCCCAGCGCCGCGUUCCGCCUCAUGGUGACACGGCGGGAGCCUGCCGUGAAGCUGCAGUAUGCGGUGAGCGGGUUGGAGCCGCUAGCCUGGUCUGAGGACCACCGCGUGUCUGUGUCCACGGCCCGCAGCAUCGCCGUGCUGGAGCUCAUCUGCGAUGUGCACAACCCAGGCCAGGACCUGGUGAUCCACCGCACCUCGGUGCCGGCACCUCUCAACAGCUGCCUCCUCAAGGUUGGCUCAAAAACAGAAGUUGCUGAGUGCAAGGAAAAGUUUGCUUCCUCUAAAGAUCCUACCAUCAGCCAGACUUUCAUGUUGGACAGGAUGUUCAACCCUGAUGGGAAGGCACUGCCCCCAAUGCGGGGCUUCAAGUACACUACCUGGUCUCCCAUGGGUUGUGAUGCAAAUGGCAGGUGCCUCUUGGCAGCACUGACCAUGGACAAUCGCCUGACUGUGCAGGUGAACCUCAACAGACUGCAGUGGGUUCAGCUGGUUGAUCUGACUGAGAUUUAUGGAGAACGUCUUUAUGAGACCAGUUAUAGACUCUCUAAAACUGAGGCUCCUGAAGGAAAUCUCGGGGAUUUUGCUGAGUUUCAGAGGAGGCACAGCAUGCAGACUCCGGUCAGAAUGGAAUGGUCAGGGAUCUGCACCACUCAGCAAGUCAAGCACAACAACGAGUGCCGGGAUGUGAGCAGUGUGCUCUUGGCUGUCCUCUUUGAGAAUGGGAAUAUAGCCGUGUGGCAGUUUCAGCUGCCGUUUGUGGGGAAGGAGUCCAUCUCCUCGUGCAACACCAUUGAGUCAGGAAUCAGCUCCCCCAGUGUUUUGUUUUGGUGGGAAUAUGAGCACAAUAAUCGAAAAAUGAGUGGCCUUAUUGUGGGCAGUGCUUUCGGACCUGUAAAAAUUCUCCCUGUCAAUCUCAAAGCAGUCAAAGGCUACUUUACUUUGAGACAGCCUGUUGUCUUGUGGAAAGAAAUGGACCAGUUGCCUGUGCAUAGCAUCAAAUGUGUGCCACUUUACCAUCCUUACCAGAAGUGUAGCUGUAGCUUGGUGGUAGCUGCACGAGGCUCCUAUGUGUUCUGGUGUCUUCUUCUGAUCUCCAAGGCAGGCCUGAAUGUUCACAAUUCCCAUGUCACAGGCCUCCACUCGCUGCCCAUCGUCUCCAUCACUGCAGACAAGCAGAAUGGAACGGUGUACACCUGCUCUAGUGAUGGGAAGGUGAGGCAGCUGAUCCCCAUUUUCACAGAUGUUGCAUUAAAGUUUGAGCACCAGCUGAUAAAACUCUCAGAUAUAUUUGGCUCGGUGAGGACUCACGGCAUUGCAGUGAGCCCCUGUGGUGCUUAUCUGGCCAUCAUCACCACGGAGGGCAUGAUCAAUGGCCUCCAUCCUGUGAACAAGAACUACCAGGUCCAGUUUGUUACUCUCAAGUCCUUUGAAGAGGCAGCUGCUCAGCUCCUGGAGUCUUCUGUUCAGAAUCUCUUUAAGCAGGUAGACUUGAUCGACCUAGUCCGCUGGAAAAUUUUAAAAGAUAAACAUAUCCCUCAGUUUUUACAUGAAGCUUUGGAAAAAAAGAUUGAAAGCAGUGGGGUUACCUAUUUUUGGCGUUUUAAGCUUUUCCUCCUAAGGAUUUUGUAUCAGUCAAUGCAGAAAUCCCCUUCAGAGGCCUUAUGGAAACCCACCCAUGAGGACUCAAAAAUCUUACUGGUUGACUCACCUGGGAUGGGCGAUGGUGAGGAUGAGCAGCAAGAAGAAGGUACUUCCAAGCAAGGUACUAAGGCUGGCCUGCAGGACAGGAGCAAAGACGGUGACACAGAGGAGGCCCCUGAGGACUCAGCCACUGCCAUAGGAGAUAGCGGAGGCCGUGAACCCAUAGAGGAAAAGCUCCUUGAGAUCCAAGGGAAGAUUGAGGCUGUGGAGAUGCACCUGACCAGGGAGCACAUGAAGAGGGUCCUCGGAGAAGUGUACCUGCACACCUGGAUCACAGAGAACACCAGCAUACCCACCAGGGGCCUCUGCAACUUCCUGAUGUCUCACGAAGAUUACGAUGACAGAACAGCACAGGUCUUGAUUGGACAUAUCUCCAAGAAGAUGAACAAGCAGACCUUCCCUGAGCGCUGCAGUCUGUGUAAGGAGGUCUUACCAUUCACAGAUCGCAAGCAAGCUGUGUGUUCCAACGGACACAUCUGGCUCCGGUGCUUUCUAACCUACCAGUCCUGCCAGAGCUUGAUAUACAGACGAUGUUUGCUCCACGACAGCAUCGCCCGGCACCCUGCUCCAGAAGAUCCCGACUGGAUUAAGAGGUUGCUGCAGAGUCCUUGCCCUUUCUGUGAUUCUCCUGUCUUCUGAGUUCAGUGAGGGCAUGGAGGAGCGUGAACCUAGCUGUAAAAAGGGCCCGGAGCCUGAAGAGCAGGUGUGCUGGAGGAAGCCUGGCGCUGCACAGUGAGACACUCUUCUAACUGGAAGGAGGGAGGUCGUCCAGGAGCUCACUUCACCAGCGCACACACUAUCUUCAGGGACUGAAGGCUAUCCCCAAAUGACUACAGAGACUUCGAGUCAUUUUGAGGUGAUCAUUAGCAACCCCUGCUCCUCACCCAAUGAGGACCACUUACUUUUCAAGUGUCUUGCCUAAAGCAGUUUGAGCAGAAGCCUCUGCUUCUAGACACAUCCUGGUCUCUUCUAGAGAAUCUAAGGACCUUACUGUAAGGUAGGUUUUAGCCCUUGCUUUGGUCUGGGAUGUCUGUGGCCCCAGAGGGCUGAAGUUGGUUGGUACGUGACACUCCAUGUGCCAAUACAUCUUGAAGUGUAUAAAGCUAUGUGUGGCUGGUGUUUGCUCAGCAGACUCAUUUGCCCAUUGACUCGUUUUCAUGCGUAUGGAAGACAUUUUCCUAAAACUAUAUUUUUGAAGCCAAGAAUAAAAUCAAUCUUAAUGUAUCAAAUGAUCAGGUGACUAUUACAAGUUAAUAAUUGUCAUUUAUUUUUAUCUCUGUGUUAUCAGAUUUCCUGACUCAGCUCCUUAAUAUGGAAGAAGAGAUUGAGUACC